AUGAAGCAAAAUUCGAAACGAGACGAACAACAGCAUAUGCGACGCAUCGCAUUUCUCGCAAUUGUUCUUUCCACUGUGGCCGUAGUCUCCUCAGUCGUUACGUUACCAACACUGUACAGCUUUGUUCAAGCACUGGAAAGUCAUCUGAUGGUGGAAGCCGACUUUUGCAAGUCUCGCUCAAGAGAUAUGUGGUCGGAGAUGACCGCUUUGCAAAUCGGUAAGCGGUAUUUUGAUCGGAUAAAAAGGGAAUGGCUAUUUGGCCAGUGGGUACCGGACUCAGGCCUAUAUGGUGGCGGAAGCAACAAUUACGAGGCAGCUCCAAUCCCGGGAGCUAUGAGGCCGAGUGGCGGAAUGGGUCCAGUAAUAAACUCCGAAUUCAAUAGCCAGUGCUGCACUUGUCAUCAGGUAAAUGAAUUAAUAUAA